AUGGAUAUCGAACGGUUAAAGUGCAAGCUGUGUGGCAAGUUUCCGGAUGGGGAGAUUUUUGAGUGCGCCGCCAAGGAGCACAUCAUGUGCGUCGGUUGUGCGGAGAAAUCGAAGAAGAUUCUUUGUCCGUGUGGCGCAAAGCUAAUCAUAAGAAAACAACGAAAUCCGAUAGAGCUGCUGGUGCAGAGCCAUAAAACGAUCUGUCGGUACGAGGAAAACGGUUGCACAUGGAAGUUCACGGCGUCCGAGAUGGAUGCGCACGUGCAGGAAUGUAAAUUCCGUCCAUAUCGGUGUGUCGCCUCCACAUUAAAUGUAUUGAAAUGCGACUGGAUUGGGUUGCAACACCAAAUCGAACAUCAUCUGGUGGAAUACCACAAGGAGCUGGGUCCGGUGUUUCGUUUCUGUGAGUCCUCGUCGAUGGUCUUCAAGGAAAACGUUUCGCUCGGCGGUCUGAAGGUGGUGGAUGCGUUUAGCAAGCACUUUUUAUUUCAUUUUUUCUCCGAUGCGGCCAAAAAGACACUCUCUUUCCUGAUGGUUUACUUCGGACGUCACGAGGAGUCCGACCAGUACUUUUUCGAGCUCCACCUGCGCUCCCUGCCGGGCCCGGAAACCGUUCAGAAGCCGUCCGACGCGAAAGGGGUCGAAGCUGCAGCAGAACCUUUGAAUGCCGGUGUGGUGGAGAGUGUAAAGUUUGUGGAGCGCUGCUACUCGGAUUCGGAAAACUUAACCGAGCUGCUCGAGGAGGAGCAAUGUAUCACACUGACGCAUCGGCAGGUCCAGAAGUACCUGCAUAAUGGGAAGGUAUACUUCAGCUACAAGAUUCGCAAGGUGGAUCCUUUGGGUAAGGAGCGAAAGGUUUCGGAGAAGGAAGGAACGGCUAGCACCACGGCGAACCCGGCUGCCGGGAAGCCCAAACCGCGUCCACCGCCGUUUAAGUUCGUAGACAAGGGAAAAGUUUCGAGUAAUACUAAGCGUUCGGGAUCGUCGUCCUCCAGUACCUCCAGUUCCACCACGUCUUCGUCAACGAGUGGAAAAAGCACCAACUCGAGUGAAAAUAGCUCGUCCGGGAAGUCCACUCCCACUGCGGGACCCGUGGCAUCACGGUCCCCGUCGUCCGCCUCAACUCUGACGAUCACAUCGGAGAGAAACAGUGCACUCGGAACCCCCGGACCGUUCCUAAGAAGUAACAGCAGUACCCACUCGCUGUCUUCCAUUAAUCGGCACAUGGGAGGACCGGAUUCGCCGUUCGAAAAACCGGGUCAUUGUCCCCUACUGACUCCGUCGAUCAAUAAGCUGGAUAUGCCACCUUCCUGGACUACCUCGCAAACAACGACGACCAGCUUCAUGCUCCAGCAGAGCACCGAGUACCGGCAAGUGCAGGAUCUGCACACCGGUAAACGGUAUCCGCCGGCCGAAGUUACGACGAAUGCGGCCGUAUGCAAAGAGUACACGCAACCGUACAAGGUUAAGGACGACCGACUCUAUCUGCUGAAGCACCCUACGAACUGCUUGUAUAAACCACAACCGAAGUGGUGA